AUGGCACCCCAAAAUGACUAUACGACGUCCGAGUUUGAACUGCUUGAAGAGACGGGUCAAGGCACUUUGUUCGCCAUUAAGAAAGACGAUCCUGGUUUGAAAUACAUUGCUCAGCCCUUUGGUAUUUUGAACGGCUCCGACGUUGAAGGCACCGACAAGCAGAAAACCAUUGACGAAGCCUCUGCAUUCUACACUCUCUUCCACAGCUCGAAAGUCGGCUCGGCUAUCGCUCAAAUCUUCAAUCAUGAAAACAUCAUUUCCAUCGCCGGCUACAUUAAGACGCAUCCUGUGGCGCCAGUUUCAGAGCGCGCGCGCCUCGAAGAGUAUAUCGUAUGGGACUAUUGCGACGCUUCAAACCUCAGUGCUCUUUUCCAAAGCAAGCCCUGUGAGUCUGCCAAGUUUUACCUGCCCGAGUCACUCUGCUGGCAUGUCUUGACGUCGCUUCUCAGCGCCAUCACGUACCUCCACGAUGGAAAGAGACUCUUUCUAGAUACAGAGGCAGCGGCAGGAGAAGCGACGAAGAUAUGGGCAUCUGUGGAUCAGGAUUGGCUUCCAAUCCUGCACCGGGCGAUGGAGCCGAGGAACAUCUUCUUUCAGCAACCUCGUGGCAUUGAGACGUAUGGGAUGUGUAAGCUGGGCAACUUUGAGCAUGCAGUGGUGACGAAUCAUGUGAUUACACCCAAUGCAGAAGAUGUCACGGAUAAAGAUGUUGAACCAACCCUCAACACCGAUAGCUAUCUGGUCAAGUCGCAAUACUCGGACGAACUAAAAGACACGGUGCGAUACCUGCUCGACUUUCGCACGGGCAGUGACACACAUAUCAACAGCGUCCUGCCGACGACCAUGGCCGUGAUGGAGCAGUAUCAGCAGUGGAAGCUUCAUAGCGAGGAGGGCAAGCUGUACAAGGACAUUGAAGACGACAUGGCGGCGAGAUGCGGCGCAAAGACGAACAUGGAGACGCACAGCUAA